AUGUCGGAAGGAUUGCCUACUCCCGACUAUUCCCUGAGCAUUGAACAACGCGAAUCUGUCUAUGAGCCAGCCGAGGACACUUUUCUUCUGCUAGACGCUCUCGAAAAGGAUAUCAAGAAAUUACGGGCACUCGACGCGCGAAUCGUGCUUGAAAUCGGGUGUGGCUCGGGAGUUGUUUCGACUUUUGUUGCGCAGAACCUUGGCAAACAUGCGUUCCACUUGGGUACUGACAUCAACUUCGUGGCGGCACGCUGUACUCGGCAAACGGCUCGGAUGAAUCGAAUUGAGUUGGACACAAUUCAAACGGAUCUCAUUCGCGGACUGAGACUCGAUAGAGUGGUAGACAUUCUACUCUUCAAUCCACCAUAUGUUCCAACGGAAAGUGAAGCAACAACGGAUAUUGAAAGAACAUGGGCUGGCGGACCAACGGGCAGAGGGACACUUGAUCGGUUCUUGCCAGAAGUUCCUCGUCUCCUCUCCUCUCAAGGUGUUUUCUACUUGGUGGCCUUGCAUCAGAAUGACAUUCCUUCUCUGCUCAAUCACAACGAAAAAGAGCUAAAAGGUGAAAUCGUGAUGCAAAGACGUUGUGGCAUCGAGCAUCUCUACAUUUUAAAGUUUUCUCGAAUA